AUGUGUGGUGGUUUUGCACGUAUAGACAAUUGGGACAUACCUGGAAAUGACCUAUUAGCUUCUCCUGUACGACAACCUGAUUAUGCUAGCUGUUGCUCACAAUGUCAAACAACUCCUGAAUGUAUUGCUUUUACAUAUUCGCCAUCAAGUCAACGAUGUUCGCUGAAAAAAAGUAUGGGUAGUGGUGGGUACUCAACUGGCGAUAGCCUUACUGGUUAUUAUUUCAAUCCAUUACGUAGAAGUUCCAUUGACAUUCACCCAAAUGCUCGAUGGCAACAGGAUGGCAUCACUGUAGCUGGAGGAAAUGGAUUAGGUAGUGAAUUGAAUCAACUCUCUUACCCAUGGGGUUUAUAUGUUGAUGACGAUCAAACAAUCUAUGUCGUUGAUAAAGGCAAUCAUCGUAUUAUGGAAUGGAAAUGGAAUGCAAUCAGUGGUCAAGUAGUUGCCGGUGGAAACGGACAAGGAAAAAGGGAUGAUCAGUUGUCUAACCCAUAUGAUGUGAUUGUUGAUAAAGAGAGAGAUAGUCUCAUCAUCUGCGAUUCUUCAAAUAAAAGAGUGGUUCGAUGGACUCGUCGGAAUGGAAUAAAGGGAGAAACAAUAAUCUCCAACAUCAGCUGUUGGGGUUUGACAAUGGACGAGAAUGGGUCUCUCUAUGUUGUUGACGAUGAUAGCAAUGCAGUGCGACGAUAUCGAAGAGGAGAAUCUAAAGGAAAAGUAGUUGCAGGUGGCAAUGGAAUUGGAAAUCGUCUCGAUCAAUUCUCUCACCCACGAUACGUAUUCGUCGAUCGAGAUCAUUCAGUAUAUGUGUCUGAGUGGGGAAAUAACCGUGUGACUAAAUGGAUGGAACAUGAAAAAACUGGGACUCUCGUAGCCGGUAAAGAUGAAUAUGGAAGUAGUCUUACACAAUUGCAUGUACCUAAAGGAGUUGUUGUUGAUCAAUUGGGCACUAUCUAUGUGGUUGAUGACGGAAACAAUCGAGUCAUGCGUUGGUUUAAAGAAGCCACACAAGGAAGUGUCAUUGUUGGUGGAAACGGUGACGGAGAACAACUGAACCAAUUCAAAGGACCCGUCGGCUUGUCAUUCGAUCGAGAUGGCAAUCUCUAUGUUGUCGAUUAUGGAAAUAAUCGAGUACAAAAAUUUAAUAUCAAAUCCAAUAAUAAUACUGAUACAAGUGAAGUAGCAACAAAUAUUUCAGUUGGUACUUCUGAUUCGAUUCUUGUUUCUUCGAUCAACAAUCAUUUAUCUCCAAAUAAACAAUCAGAAGCAACAUUACCAGAAGCCACAUCAAGUUUAGAUUCGAUGGAACUGAAAAAUGAUAUUGGAAAUUAUAUACAUAAUCGAUUAAACUUAUCGGAUGAAUUACGAUACUUAUUAUUGACACAACAUUUUGUUCCUGAUGAAAAAUUCAAGUGGCCUUUUGUUCAACGCAAGACAAACAAUACUAUUGAAAAUCGAUUUUUACGUCUACAUCACUUAAAUGACAACAAACCAUGGCUUGUUUACUCACCGUCGAAGAGUGGCCUUUUUUGUGUACCUUGUGUUUUAUUUGCCAAAGCAGCUGGUAAUAAUCACUUGGGUUCUUUUGUUCUUUCUCCAUGUCAACAAUAUGGUAAAUUAUUAGGCGGCGAUGGACAAAUAAUUAGACACAAGUUAAAAAAUUAUCACAAUGAUAGCAUCCUGGAUGCUGAACGAUUUAUUUCUGUAUAUGAAAAUAAGUGCGAUAGCGUCGUUGAUUUAUUAGUGAACAAACAGAAGCAAGAAAAAAUUGAAAAUCGAAAACGUUUAGUACCUAUUAUUAAAACAAUUAUACUCUGUGGUCACAACAAUAUUCCAUUACGAGGACACAGAGAUGAUGGUAAUUUAAAUAUCGAUUCUAUUGUUAGCGGUAAUUUUCGUUCAUUACUUCGCUAUCGAAUUGAUGCUGGUGAUUCAAUAUUAGAAAGCCAUCUAUCAACAGCUAGCAAAACUGCCACAUACAUCUCGAAAACAACACAAAACGAAUUAAUCGAAAUUUGUGGUGACUUAAUUCGAGAACAAAUACUUGCUGAAGUAAAGCAUGCCACAUUCUUCACUGUAAUCGGCGAUGAAACUACUGAUGUUAACACUAUCGAACAAUUUACAUUUUGUCUUCGUUACGUAUUUCAAAAUAAAGUUCACGAAAAAUUUAUUAGUUUUUUACCAGCUGAAGAUCGAACUGGUGAAGGUUUGGCCCGGUUGAUUCUUGAAGAAAUGAAAAAUCUUGGUCUUAAUCCGAAUUUCAUGGUAGGCCAGGCGUAUGAUGGAUGUUCCGCGAUGUCUGGAAAAUUUAAUGGAUGUCAUGCACAUAUUAAAAAAUUAUUUCCAACAGCACUUUAUCUUCAGUGUGCAUCACAUAGUCUUAACUUGGCCAUAUCAGACUCGUGUUUUAUUAUUAUUAUUCAAAAUUGCAUUGGUUCUAUAACGGAAAUCUACAAUUAUUUCAAUUCGUCAUCGAAACGAACAUUAUAUCUCAAACAGAUAAUAAACAAUUCAAAUAAAAAAAAAUUAGCAAGUGUUUGUGAUACAAGAUGGGUGGAAAGGCAUGAUGCUGUGAUUACAUUUGGACAAUUGUACCCGUUCAUUAUGACUUGUUUUGAAAAAAUUAUCGAAGAAGAAACAGGUAAAAAUCAAGCAUUAGCAUUUAACUAUUUAAAAAAUAUUCAAAGUUCUUGUUUUAUUAUUUCAUUAUGCAUAUUAAAAAAAUGUUUAUCUAUGACUUUGCCUAUUGCUGCUGGAUUACAAGCACCAGACAAUGACAUUAUGGAUUGCAAACGUUUAGUAGACGACGUCUUGUUCAUGUUCAAACAAAUGAGAAAUGAAAAAUUGAAUGAAGAAUAUGGUGAAAUACUUUCUGAAGUCAAACAAUUGUGUGAACUAUCAGGUACUCAAUUGACGGUAAUGCGAGGAGUUGGUCGACAAAUGUAUCGGCCAAAUGCACCAGCACAAACACCGGAAGAAUAUUAUCGAGUCAACUUAUUUAUUCCUAUCAUGGAUCAUUUCAUUGUAUCUUUAACUAACCGAUUUAGUGCUCAUCAAUGGAUGGCUUAUAAUGUGUCGCUCCUUAUUCCAUCAAUGAUUGAACAUAAGUCUUUCGAUGAUUUGAAAGACUCUAUUAUUUUUUAUGAAGCUUAUUUACCAUCACCACAUUUAAUUAAAGAAGAAUUUCAAUUAUACAAACGAAAAUGGCUCAAUGAGGCACCAGAAGAUCGCCCGAACAAUGCUAUUGAUGCUUAUGUUCGAUGCAACGGUACCUUCUUUCCGAAUAUCAAAGUUCUUUUACAAAUUUAUGCCACGUUGCCAGUGACAACUGCCACAGGCGAGCGAAGCUUUUCAACAUUAAAACUGGUAAAAACAUAUCUUCGAAGUACCAUGAGUGCAAAUCGUUUAAAUGGACUUGCAAUGAUGUAUGUGCAUCCAAUGAUUAACAUUGAUAUUGAACAAGUCAUCGACAAGUUCUCAAAGCGAAAGAAUAGAAAGCUGGACUUUGUUGUAUAA